AACUUAACGAACGCGUCUUCCACGCACGCACCCCCCGUUUCUCGUCGCCGUGCCGUGCCCCCGCCAUCCACCGCUGCCAUCCCACGCGCUUACCCCGCCUAUGAGUACACCGGGCCACCCGCCCGGCCGCUUGUCACACUCGCGCUCCACAGGACACUCCCUCGGCCUCCUCCUCCGCAGCUCUUUCACACCACCCCAUCCCACGGUCGACCGAGGUGCGUGCAGAGGCAUGAGGGGCUCGCGGUGGUGCUGCUGCUGCUUCGGCCGGGGCGGCGGCGGCGGGGCCGGGCGGUCGGGGAGCGUGGGCGACGACGGGCUGGUGUGGGACGUGGGCCUCAAGGCGCACGCCUCCGGCGAGUACUCCGUCGCCGUGGCCCAGGCCAACGAGGCGCUCGAGGACCAGGCGCAGGUGCUCGUCUCCCCCGCCGCCACGCUCGUCGGCGUCUACGACGGCCACGGCGGCCCCGACGCCGCCCGCUUCGUCAACGCGCGCCUCUUCUCCCUCAUCCAAGAGUUCGCGUCCCAGAGCGGGGGCAUCUCGGCGCAGGUGAUCAAGAGGGCCUUCGGCGCCACGGAGGAGGAGUUCAUGGGCAUGGUGGAGAGGUCGUGGCCGUCGCAGCCGCGGCUCCUGUCCGUCGGCUCCUGCUGCCUGGUGGGCGCCAUCGAGGGCGGCACGCUCCACGUCGCCAACCUCGGCGACUCGCGCGCCGUGCUGGGCCGCCUCGCCAGCGCGGGCGGGAAGAAGCGGAGGGCGGUGGUGGCGGAGCGGCUGUCGCGGGACCACAACGUGGCCGACGAGGAGGUGCGGCGGGAGGUGGCGGAGGCACACCCGGACGACCCGCACAUCGUGAUGAGCAGCCACGGCGUGUGGCGGAUCAAGGGGAUCAUCCAGGUGUCCCGCUCCAUCGGGGACGCCUACCUGAAGCGGCCCGACCUGUGCACCCCGGCGGUGAUGCAGUCGCUCUGCCCGUUCCCGCUGCGCCGCCCGGUGAUGAGCGCCGUGCCGUCGGUCACGUCCCGCAGGCUGCGCCCGGGCGACCAGUUCAUCAUCUUCGCGUCCGACGGGCUGUGGGAGCAGCUUAGCGACGAGGCCGCCGUGGGCAUCGUGUCACGCAGCCCGAGGAAGGGCGUGGCGAUGCGGCUGGUGCGCGCCGCGCAGCUGGAGGCGGCCAGGAAGAAGGACAUCAAGUACGAGAGCAUCGCGGCCAUCGAGAAGGGCCGGAGAAGGCGCUUCCACGACGACAUCACCGUCGUCGUGCUCUUCCUCGACACGCCGCAGCCGACAGCCGGCGCCGGCGGGAUCGACGGCACGCGCGCGCCCGUCGACGUGUUCUCGCUCGGCCCCGACGACCACGGGGACGACCCGACCAGGCCCGUGCUGCGCUGAAUCAGCCCGCCAGCCGGUCAGUCGGUCAGCGACGUGGAUGCUCACCGAACGUGGCACCGUAAACGUGCUAGCGGCGUUAAUUUUCGGCGACUUUUGCUCUCUGGAACGGAAGAUACGGGAGCAUGCGUUCUUUGCUUUCCGCGUCGAAUUAAGAGGAGGAUUAUUUAUGUUUAAUUAGUUGUGUAGAUAAGUAGUGCCGUGUCGUGUUGGUGUGAAGAGAAUUUAAGUGGUACUCUGUGCUUGAGCUUCUUCUGUGAUCAAUUCAGAGGUUGCUUUGCCCCCUCCAAUUUCCUGUCUGUUCUGUUCUGCCUAUUUCCGUGUUUCAUUUUACUCAAAAUAAUAAUGGUCUUGUUUUUA